AUGCCUAUCAGAUGCUACAGUCCUACUGUACAUCCACUCCAUCUAUGACUUGCUAAGCAAGCGCAAAUGUAAUUUCGGUAGUGGCUUUCCUUUCUGCUCUUUUGGGGUGCAAGCGGCCAUCGUUCUAUCGCGAUCUCCGCUUCAGGCAUUCCAUGACCACGGCCAGCUACCAAACACGCGCUUAGCUUACAGUAUACACUCAGUAUAGCAAUCAUGCCGACGGGCGAACUAGUGAAAGUAUGUUGGAACAGUGCCCUCCUAAGUAGAUGAUGUGCAAUGUUGGGCAAAAAAAAAUGAAAAAUGGGGCUACAGGUUAAGUUAUUUUAUACUUUAUUUUGCUGCACACACAUGUUUGAGUGGAAGCCAGACUGAAUUUACUCCUCCCACAAAAUAUGAGUUACGGAAAUUCAGAGAUAUUUUUGUAAUGUGGCAAGAUUUCAUAAAAACAGAAGUAACACUGACACUUCUGAGAAACUGACACUUCUGUAACUAUGAAAAAGGAAGCUUUUUUUUUUAAUAAACCCCCACAUUGGUUCCUCCAAACUUCAAAUCCUAAGAGACCCUUCCGGUCAUAAGAUAGUGACAAUUGUUCAUCAUCACUUCAGCAGCUCCAACAGUGACAACAGAUAUGUCAGGAGAUGGAAUAUAUGCAAACAAUGACAACUUUAAUAUGAGUCCCACUUCUCAAAAAGCAGAUUCAGGAACAGAGGGAAGAAUCUACGCCAAUGUGAGUCCUUGUGGCAGACCUGAGAAGUCUACAGCCUCCAAGCCCUCUGGAGCGGUGAAGAACUACACUAGAUGGGCCGCGGUGUGUCUGGGACUGCUGUGUGUUCUGCUGCUAGCACUCAACAUAGGAUUGGGAAUCAAAUACCUUCUGGAGAAACGCCAGCUACAGGCUGAGAGGGAGCACCUGCUAGCAAGCCAUGUGAAUAUCACCAUAGAAAGAGACCAGGCAUUGGCCAGUAAUACCAACCUAACCAGACAGAUGUAUCAGCUACUCCGCACCAAUGGCCAGCUUCAAGCCAGAAUCUCUAAACUGGAAAAGAGAUGUCCCUCAGGAUGGAGAUAUUUUAACACCAAAUGUUACCUCAUCUCUUCUUCAAAGAAUACGUGGUCUGAAAGCAGACAACGAUGCAAAGACAUUGGAGGAGACCUGGUGAUCAUCAACGACAAAGAGGAGCAAGUUUUCAUUCAUGGAUUGGGAAUCCCGGUUUGGAUUGGUCUGAGGAAGAUCCAGGGUGGGUAGAAAUGGGUGGAUAACACACUUUUGUCCACAAAAUACUGGGAUUCAGGACAACCCAAUGAUGAAAACGAGGACUGUGUUGUCAGUGGUUGCCCUGCAGGUGACCCAUUUUCAAUAUGGCAUGAUUAUCUAUGCAGCGUGAAACACAGUUUCAUUUGUGAGAUGUCUUCUUACAUGUUAUACUGAAAAAAUCUGUUACAUAUUUUGCUGCAUAAUAAAAAUGAAAAAAAGAUGGUAAGCAAUUUUUGGAGCAAACUUUCAUUCAUGGACUGAAAAUAUUUGUUUGGAUUGGGCUGAGGAACAGCCAGGGUGUGUUAGAAUCGGUGGAUUGCACACAAUUGUCCACAAGCUACUGAGAUCAACCUGAUCGUGUGACGAGGACCGUGUUGUUGAUGCUGAUAAAGGUGAUACACUCUUCAGCUGGUACCCAUGUAGCGAAAAAUGGGCCUAUUGUUUCAUUUGAGGGAUUCCUGCAUACAUGUAAUACCCACAAAGUCACUUGAGAAAAAAAUCAACAUGGAGACUGUACAAACUUAUUGAUUUUCCAUGACACUAUGUGUUUGUUAGCCUGUCGAUGAGACAUCUAAUUCAUACCUGUAUGAGAAAAUAAUAUGAUACACUAUUGUAUCUUUAAAUAAUCAAAAAUGAAACAGAAUCAGUCCAAAAAAGAUCAAAGAAGAGGAAAUGAAAGGAACUACUGCGAAUAUCAAUCAAAUGUGAAGCCCAUCAACAAGAUUGCUGAUAUUUAUUCAUUGAUUCGUAUGUAGAACAAGUCUGUGAAAUAUAUUCUAUGCAUUCAUAAGGUGCUUAAUCAUUAUGGAAACUGCCAUAACAAAAAUAAUGUUCUCAAUGUCCCUAUAGCUUCUCAAUUACCUUUGUUGUUUAACUUUUUGUGGUUUAUAAGUUAGAGAUUUAUGGCAGAUAGCCACAUGACAGGGUAAAAAUAAGAUUUGAUAUUUUGCAUUAUAAUAAAGUUGAAAGGUUGAUAAUAAAGUUGGAAUGUUUUAAAUUAUUGUAGAUGUACCGCAAAGCGGUACAAAA